UUUUCCCAAAACCAAUGGGUGAUUCUGUCCAGACCCUGGUCCCCAGGAGUUUGAAAGUGACAGACUCUCAGUUUAUUUGGAAAAGUCUUCUGAAAUGAAAUUGAUUCACUUUGAUCUUUGCAUGUCACAGAAUCAAUGUGACAGGCUGACACAGACAGUAUCGAAAUCUUUUCUCUACGAUCUUCCCUUUUUUAUCCUCGGUUUCUUCAAACACACAAAAAAGAAAAAGCAAUUGCUGUCCACUUUUAUUUACUUGCUUCUUGUCACCAUCAUCACCUAUCUCUUUUUUUUUUUUUUUUCCCUCUCUUUUUCUGCAUUGUUAAAAAAGGUUUUUGCCCUCCUGAAUUCCUGAAGGAAAAUGUCUCAGCCCAGUGGUAGUGGUGGUGGUGGUCGAGCCAAGAGCAAUGCUGAUGGUCAACCUGAGACAAUCAAAGUUAGCGUGAAAAGUCAGGAUGGGAGUACAGUUGUCUAUAAGAUUGUGCGCAAUCUCAAGUUAAGCAAACUCAUGCAUGCUUACUGCAGAAAGAAGCAAUUGGAUUUUCGGACCGUCCGAUUUAUUCACGAAGGUCAUCGUGUUCCAGGGAAAUACACAGCAGAUAAGCUGAAAUUGGAGGAUGGAGCUGAAAUUUGUUGCAUGUUUCACCAAAUGGGAGCUGGCUUCUAUUUUAUGCCAAAAACUGCUUAG